UUUCUUCUUCCAAUUUUAUCGAGCUUACUGAAGAAUUUGUUGGAGCCGUUGAUUUAUAAUUUGUUUUGAUUUAAUGGCCUCCAGAGGGCGGGGUCGGGGGCGUGGUGGAUAUGGUGGCAAUCGGCUGGCUAAGCAAGUCUCAUUUGAACUUUUCCCUGAAGUUGAGAACUUGGGUAAUGCAGCUGGUGUCAUGGAAAGGAUACCUUUGGCAAUUUGGCAGGCAAAUUUACAGAAGUUCUGGAACUCCUCUCCUUACUAUUUGGCAGAUGAAAGUGAUGUUUUGAAGAAAACGAAAGGAAUGGAUAUAGAAAGGUUCUCGGAUAGUAAGUCGGAGAGGGCCGAGCCAGAGUCACCAUUGGAGGACUUCAUAAAAAUGGAUUCCAACUAUGUUCCUGCAGAACUAGCUAAAGGUGGAAGGGAGGUGAGACGUGCACCACCAGGAGGAGUGCGUUGGAAACAAGAGCCAGACAUGCGAAAAUUGGAUCUUUUGGAAAAGCUUGAUCAAAAGUCUAAGGGCGAUGAUGAAAAGAAAAAAGAUGGUGAAGACGAGGACGAAGAUCCAGAGGAGAAGGUUGGAGAGGAAGAAGAAGAAUUUAGCGAUGAUGGAGAUUACAAUCAGAAUCUUUAUGAUUACGAUGACGAUGAAGACGACUACAACAUGAAUGAAGAUAAUAAUGAUGAUGCCAUGUAUUGAAGGUUGCUUGGUGGAGUGGUUUUUGCUAUGGAAUUCUUUAUCACUGUGGCUGGUAUCCCGUGGAAUUAGUCGAGGUGCAUGAAAGCUGGCCCGGAUACUGCCCUUGUAAAUUAACAACAACUAUUUAAUUCAAGACAAUCAAGAAAGCUUCUAUUGUGGGUCACAGCUUUUUCUUCAUUUUUUGGCA